AUGACAUGUUCUCAAGGGGCGUUACAGUGGCUCCCGGUUUGGGGAGUUGCGAUCUUGUUUGUGUCCAGUGAUGUUGCAGGGAGGAAGAUGAGGUGUUGGUCCCGUCUGCAAGGGUCACGAUGCUGCAUCGGAGGUGCACACGCUUCUUUGCCUACGCCAUUGACUUCAGUCAAAACUUUAAAUGGGACAAAUUUUGAGGACUGGAAAGAAUCUUUGGAUUUGUAUCUAGCAAUUACCAACAUGGAUUUUUCCUUGAGAGAAGCAGAACCUUCAGCUCUUACGCCUGAGUCCACUAUUGUCCAGAGAGCUUCUCGUGAAAAAUGGGAAUACUCGAACAAGGUGUGCCUGAUGGUGAUGAGAUAUACCAUGGAGAAGUAUAUUCGACAGAGCAUUCCGGAUAAUGACAAUGCUAAGGAUUUUAUGAGAUCAGUUGAUGAGAAGUUUAAGACUUUUGAUAAAGCUCAAAAGGGUCAAUAUCUGUCACUUCUUGAGAAGACCAAAUAUGAUGGUGUCAGUGGUGUUCGUGAGCAUAUGAUGAAGCUUGUGCACUAUUAUAACAAACUCAAAUCUCUAAAGGUAGAUCUUGAUGAUAGUUACUUGAUUUGGCAGGUUAUGGAAUCUCUUCCCUCUCAGUUUGAUAUGUUGAAGACUUCUUACAACACUCAAAAGGAGGAAUAG